AUGAGAUUCUAUAAGUUGAAAAUUAAUGUACAAAUGCUGCACGAAAUUGACAUAUCCGCCGGUCGGAUAGCCGAAGCCAUUGCUGACUGCAACAAAGCCCUUGCUCUCGACACAUCCUCCAUUGAUGCCCUCACCACACGAGCUGAACUUUUUGAGACCAUUCGGUGCCUUCCAGAUAGCCUUCACGACCUCGAACACCUCAAACUCCUCUACAACUCGAUCCUCCGUGACCGGAAGCUUCCGGGCCCUAUCUGGAGGAGGCAAAGCGUGCAAUACAGAGAAAUCCCAGGGAGGUUAUGCUCGUUAGCUUCGAAAAUCCAGCAAUUGAAGCAGAGACUGGCUUCUGGAGAGACAGGGAAUGUGGAUUACUAUGCGUUGAUUGGGCUUCGAAGGGGAUGUUCGAGGUCGGAAUUGGAGAGGGCCCAUUUGCUAUUGAUGUUGAAGCACAAGCCUGAUAAGUCGUCGGGCUUCAUCGAACGGUGUGAGUUUGUGGACGAGAAGGAAAUCGACUCGGUCAAGGAUCGAGCGAGAAUGUCCGCUUUGUUGCUGUAUAGGUUGAUUCAGAAGGGUUAUACGAGUUUGAUGGCCACGAUUUUAGAAGAUGAGGCUGUUGAAAAGUUGAGAAAAAUGGCCGGAGCUGCCGUUUUGCCACCGCCACCGGUUGUUGCCGGAGCUGUGGAAACCCCGGGGACUGUUCUUAAUGACAAGAGCAACAACAACAAUGGUAAAAAUAAGAAAAACAGUAAGAUGAAUUGGAAUGAGAAAAAGGGCCCGAUCACAACUCCACCGGCUUCGGUUUUCCAAGGGGUAUUCUGUCGGGAUCUUGCGGUGGUCGGUAAUUUGCUGUCUCAGGCGGGGUUUAAUCGUCCGAUAACGAAAAAUGUUAAUAGAGACGAUGGCGGGAGAAUCAUUUGGUUUGGUGGCGUGUACAAAUGGGAAUGCAUCAAGUACUACUUGCUGCCCGCCUGUGGAGGAAAAUUUUGUUACUAG